AUGCCGCUCGAUCCUUUCGAAGAGAGACAUCCCAACCCCCUGCCUCGUAUCGCCACUCGCAGGACCUCUGUCGGGACAACGGGCCAUGAAGAAGGACAGGACUACUGUCGUAUUUGCCGGGGCGAAGGCACCAGCACACAACCUCUAUACUAUCCGUGCAAAUGCUCUGGCAGCAUCAAAUUCGUCCACCAAGAAUGCCUGAUGGAGUGGCUCUCGCAUUCCCAGAAGAAAUACUGCGAGUUGUGCAAGACUUCUUUUCGAUUCACCAAACUCUAUGACCGGUCCAUGCCCGCCACCCUGCCGUUUCCCCUCUUUCUGCGCCAACUGGCUCGUCAUGGGGCGACCGAGUUUGCUCGCUGGUCCCGCUACUUGCUGGUGAGCAUCAUCUGGACCUGCUGUUUGCCUUGGUGCAUUCGGCAGAUAUGGAGAGGCUUGUUCUGGCUUGCAGAUGGGGACUGGGUGGAUGAGUCCAACAUACAAGCCAUAUCCGACCGUUCGUCGAAUACAAACGGCACGGAUGCCAGCCCUGGAGCCUCGCUUGCCGCCUCCCUGAACUUCACUGUUCCUGAACAACUUGAGAAGAUAAAACUGGUGUUUCCUCCGAUGCAGAUUUCUUUGGCUGACAUUGCGCGGCUGUUUUCUGGUCAAAGCGUGUUUGGCAAAAUACUUCGCUUCAUCCUAUCCGUCUUCACCCUACGUUUGAGACAAACCGAUACCCCUGGACAAGACCAGAUUUCCGUCGGGGAAUUUUCUCCAACGACCAGGAGGCAUCCGUCACUGUUAUCCGAUGUUCAAUUUAUAUCGUCAUGGUCCAGUUCUCCUUUGGCUAACCAUAUCACGGUCGACGUGAUCGAAGGCCAGCUGAUCUGUGUCUUGCUGGUUGCCGCAUUCAUCCUCGUCUUUUUGAUCCGAGAAUGGGUCAUCAAUCAACAGCCGAUCCUGAAUAUGCCCGACCCGGACGAAAAUGCUCAGGCUGACGACGCGAGACCACAUCUGCCUGCCCAUCUACCGCGUGUCCCCCGUGCUGGGGAUAAUGUCGCAGACGAAAUAGCUGCCAUGGAGGAUCUGGCAGCACAGUUACCUCCUGAUCAGGUAGCUCCGCCUAGACCACCUCCUAACCAACACCGCGUUCCUCGUUUCGGCAACAACAUCGCGGAUGAGAUAGCAGCCCUAGAGCGUCUUGCAGCUGAAACGCCUCGAGAGGAAACGACACCGCCAACGCUGUCCCCACGUCAUGCUCUUACGGACGAUGAUGUGUCUAGUGGAACUGGACCUGAAUUUGAAAGACCAAUUUUCAGGACUAGGUCGCAGAGCUCAUCAGCUAUUGCCGGCACUGCUCAGGAGCAGCCUGGUCGCUGGCGAAAUCCAAGGGGGAACGAUGUGGAUACAAAUGAACCUUGGAAUCAACUAUUUAGAAGACACAGCGCUGACGACACCGAAGCUAAUCACUAUCUUCCGUUAGUGACUCCAAGUCCUCCUCUCGUCGAUGCGGAUGGUGGCGAGGACUCUCCCAUCCGUAUGGAGCGCUACUGGUAUCCUGAAGAUACUUCCGAGAUCUCCGAAUCUGAAGGACUGCAGUUCUCAGAGUAUCGGCCAUUCAGACAAGAAGAAUUGGAACCAGCAGAGACUUCUAGCCGGAGAGUGUCGUUUGCAGAGGUGUCAGAUGUGGGUGACGAUGCACCGAAUGGACUAUCGGUCUCGAGCAUUGAUCAACAUGAGUCUGAUUCAGAUGCACCCGCCAUACCCACACCCGAUUCGAAUGAUGCGGAACAACUUCUGCCGUCAGGGGCUGCCGCAUUUGAUGGUGAAGGCCAGGAAGUCCCAUUCAACAUUGCAGAUGAUGUUCAGGCUGAGGAAGUUCCCAUAUCUGGGGACGAAAAUCCGCUUGAGGAUACCCCGUUAUGGGGAAAGAUAUCAUAUUGGCUCUGGCACACGGAUUUUGAGGCCGACGAACAGCCUCGUGCAGAGCCUGGCGAUGCCCCACGCGCAGAGGACCAGGACGAGGAACGCAUUGUGGAAGAUGUCGAUGCAGAAGCUCCCUUCGUUCCGAUCCAAAACCGAGAUGCGGGACCUGCCCAAGCGCUUCCUAUUGCCAUCGAGGCACAACCUGCUGGACCUGCAGAAGCGAGGGAGCCUAACAUGCUCUUUGGAGUCGAUCUCAAUGAGGCUAAUCAAGACGACGCAGAAGAUCUUGAUGGCAUCCUGGAACUUCUUGGCAUGGAAGGACCGAUUUUUGGCAUGGUUCAGAAUGUCAUCUUCUCCCUGUUCCUCAUCACGGUGACCUUGGCGGCUAGUGUCUGGUGUCCUUAUAUAUGGGGCAAGAUUGCACUGUUGUUUCUCUCAAGUCCUACCAGCAUGUUGGUGAAGGCGCCACUAUUCGUCCUAUCACGAACGGCGGAUAUUGUGGUUGAUAUCAUUUUCUUCGUGGUCGGCCUGACCGGCUUUCUCCUGAACCAGCCUAUAAAAAUCAUGCAAACUAUGAUGUCUCUAGCCAUGCCACGACUCGGCGGCAUCAUCGACACCACCACAUUGGAAGGCUUCAGCCUUGAUCUGAGUCAGAAGAGCGGUCUGCGCUUGGAAAAAACUCUCUCCGCUGCAGUUCUUAGCCUCAAGCCCGACUUGCCGACGUUUUCGAUGCAGUCACACCAAGCACUCAUCUCUUUCAAGACCGGCCUAUAUACAGCAGUCCAGUGGAUCGCUUUUACGCUCGCCCAGGGUCAAACAAUGUUGACUAGGAACAGCCAGAGUUCGGAUACCAUGUUGACCUCCUUCUGGUAUGCCUUGAGAUCUAUUCCUACUCAACUUGCGAAGAUCCCUCAGCUCUGUGAAUAUGCGACGAACUAUCUGCGUUCCCUGUCCACGGAUCUGGGCUCGCCAUCCUCUGGCAACGGAGAUGGGAUGAAUCCUUCUUUGGCUGAAUGGGGCACAGAAGACCGAAUCCUCACAAUUUUGCUUGGUUAUGCGUUUUUCGCCAUUGCUGGAAUCGUCUUCCUCGAGAUUGCUCAUCUCAUCCUUGGCUUGAAAGAAGGCGAAAGGGUCGAGGGCUAUUUUGCGGACUCGCUACGACAAGCAGGUGGAGUGAUGAAAGUCAUUGUCAUCAUCGGUAUCGAAAUGCUGGUCUUUCCUUUGUACUGUGGACUGCUCCUGGAUCUGGCGCUUCUUCCCCUGUUUGCCGACGCCACUGUUGCUAGUCGCAUCGCCUUCCUGAUGCGCACCCCUUUGACCGGAAUAUUCAUUCACUGGUUCAUCGGAACCUGUUACAUGUUUCAUUUCGCCCUCUUUGUAUCAAUAUGCCGGAAAAUUAUGCGAAAAGGAGUCCUGUAUUUUAUUCGAGAUCCUGACGAUCCGACGUUUCACCCGGUGCGCGAUGUUCUAGAGCGACCAGUCCCAGCACAACUGGGCAAAAUUGCAUUCUCGGCGUUGGUAUAUGGUGGCCUGGUUAUUGUCUGUCUUGGGGGCGUGGUAUGGUCGAUAGAUUGGUUUGGCGUCGUUCUCCCGAUUCAAUGGUCGACUCCGGAACCCAGGCUGUCGUUCCCGGUCGACAUCAUCUUUUACAAUUUUCUACUUCCAUUUGUUUUGCGCCGGGCCGAGCCAUCGAAAAAGAUCUCCGCAAUGUAUCAGUGGUGGUUUCGGGGAUGUGCCAGGUGGUUGAGAUUGACCAACUUUCUUUUCGGGGAGGAACGCAAAGAAGAAACCUUCAGCCACUCCAACCGUUUUCCGUGGAACCUAUUCACCAAAGAUGCGGCGGCAGAACCGAAACGUGACGGACGCUAUGUUCGAGCACCUGCAUCCGACUCUGUGCGCAUCGCCAAGGGCCGACAAGUCUUUCUUGAAGUGACAGAAGACAAUGAGAGGGUGGAUGGUGCGCCAGAGUUAUUCUUCGCCCCUCAUGGCAAGAAAAACCCUCAAUUCACCAAGGUCUAUCUUCCUCCGAACUUCCAAGCUCGAAUUACAUCGUUUGUGAUCCUGUUGUGGUUCUUCGCCGCCUUGACUGGCUCCGCGUUCACUGUGGGACCUCUCAUUGUCGGUCGCAAACUGACUCGAGUCCUCUCGCAAUCUACUCAACCACCAAAUGAUCUAUAUGCUUUCACCAUUGGUAUUCACAUUUUUGCAGCGGUCGGGUAUGCAAUCGCCUACGCCGGACCGGCUCGAACUUAUCUGCAAAAGAAAUUCAAAUGGUCCGGAAAGCAGUUUCUCGCUUCGGUGCUGCAUGUCCUUGGCCUGACAUACCUUGGGAUAUUCACCACCCUCAUUCUUCCGUUCGUCGUCUCUCUGGUGGUAGAGCUGUACAUUCACAUUCCGAUCUUUGACCUGCUCGAAGUCCUCAGUCAUCAAAAGCUCAACCGCGACUCUUCACCGCCCUCGUCUUCGGCCCCGACGGUUUCGGCUGGACCAGCAACCACCAAGCCUUUCCCGCCAGCCACGAUAUUCAUCCUCCAAUCAUGGACUAUCGGCCUCGUUUUCCUACGCCUGAUCUCCCGCAUCCUGGCUCACGUCCUCCCACCUACUGUGCGGCCGGCCAGAGCUCUUCGCGGGAUCAUUCGCAACGGCAUUUUCCACGCCGACAUCCCUCUCGCGUCCCGCGCCUUCGUUCUCCCGGCUACGAUCAUCUGUAUCACACUCCUUAUUGCACCUCUUACUUGCAUGAGGGCCAUCAUCGGCAUCUUCCACAUUUCCGAUCGAGGAAGGCAAAUUCGGAUGUACCGUUUUGCGUAUCCGCUUUUCUUGUGCUUGAUGGUCAAUUAUGUAGGAUUGCUAUACAUAAGGAGAAAACUGGAGAGCUGGAGGAUCAAGAUCAGGGACGAAGUGUACUUGAUCGAGAGUGUCAAAGACAGACCCAAUGGGCACGCUGUAGGACCGCCUGCACGACAACCUGGUCGCCAACGCUCUCGCCGGAGCUGGACCUCUUGGUUAUUCAACACCUCGGCAAGGCUUGCCAUAUGGUACUGCCUCCUCACUAUCCUCUUCAGCUGUCCCUCUUCGCGGACUACCCUCACCGAUACCUCUCCACGAAUAUGUGAAACGUACCUUUCAGCAAAGGAAUACAUCCAACCUCAUCUGCAACCAUAUUACGAUGAAUAUGCAGCUCCUUACGUUGCUAAAGCUGAGCCAUAUGCACACCUAGUGAAAAGCCGAGUGGUGCGACCUGCGACCAAAAUCGCUGUCGUCAAUUAUGAGAAAUAUGCUGCUCCGCGGAUCGACGCCGCAAAGGCAUACUCUCAAGCGCAAUGGGAAAAGGCCGUCAUGCCUCAAAUUAACCUGGCACGGGGAAAUGCUGCCAGGUUCUACGAGAAGAAUAUAGGACCCCAUGUCGACCAAGUCAUCGCACAGACUGCGCCCUACUACGCCCCAGCACGAGAUCAAGUCUAUCGAGUCUACCAACAGCAUCUUCUUCCGGCAGUGGAAUACUCCCUGCCACAUCUAAAUAAAGCAUACAGUCUCAGUCAAGAUUUCGCAUUGAACACUGCAUAUCCUCUGCUGCGACAUGCAUGGUCGGAUCUCGUCAUUUUCAUGGACGGCACGUUCUGGCCCUUUGUAAAAGGUCUUUACAUCGAUAAUGUUCGGCCUCAGCUGGUCAUGAUCAAUGAGAGGAUUGCCAAGUAUCGGGAGAGUCGCCAGUUGAAAGCCGCCAUGGACGAGGUAGAUAACACCCAGUCAACCUACGUCGCCUCCGCCACUCCAAGCGCGACUACGGACACAAUGGAUGAUGUGUAUGCUCUGUUUGAUUCCGAAGACGAAACAGAAUCCUCUACUACGACUACAUCUCAAGAAGCCGAGCCGACUCCUGUUGAACGUGUGAAGCGGCCAGUUGAAUAUCCUAUUGCUACAGAGGAGCAAAUUGCUGAAGACCUUCGAACAUGGCAAAAGAAAUUUGCUGUUGCGGCUGACAAGGGCAGCGAUGAUCUACGAGAACGGGUUGAGUCCAUCGUCGACAGUCUUGUCAAGAGUGACAUUGACGGAGUUGGUCGAGGAUUGGCGAACGCUUUGCAGAAGACCGUAGAAAACGAGUUGGAGAAUGUCAAAGCGAAGAUCAAGUCAACCGUUGCGUCACUCCCUGACGAUGCGAGUGCGGAGGCUGUGAAGAAGGCAGCAGAAGACAUUCUCGGAUCAAUCAGAUCUUCGGGCGCUGAAAUCAAGGGACGCGCCCAAAAUGUCCGAAACUGGUCUCAGGGCUUUGAACAAGGCUUGAUCCAAAGACUCGAGGCUGCCUCCGCCUCUACAUUGGAAGUCUUAGAUGGUAUCAAAGACAUCGGGCUCCAAGAGGUUGGAAUGCGCUGGUCAUGGAUGGAAGGAGUUACCUACAAACAUUGGCAGAAAUUUCACGAGCUCCGAAAGACGCUCGACGAAUGGAAAAUUGAGGUCCAAGACGUGGCCAUGAAGAGUCCAGAAGCGGAAGCAGCAAUUGAGACGGCUCGACAAAUCCUGGAAGAAUGCAUGGCAAUGACCGAAGACGCUGCGAAAGAACUGGUCAGACUCAAAAGUGUUGCUCAAUGGAAACUGAAAGCCCGCGAUUCCUCGGACGAUUUUGAAACUCGAACGAUGCCGGCAGAGGCGGUUUCAGCUGCGUCCAGUUUGGUCUCGGAGCUUCGAGGCGCACCCUCGGAAGCUGUGGAGGCGGCCAGCUCUGUUUUAUCACAGGGAAGUGACGCUGCUACCGUAGCAGUCUCAUCUGCAUCCUCUGCGGCCCUAGGAACCAGUACUGGCACCGUCGAGUCCGCGACGUCGACAGCCAGCGAGUUUGCGGGCGAUGCUAUUUCGUCAGUCUCUUCCAUGCUGGAAUCUUCUAUUGCGGAGCCUGUUGAAUCACUCGUGUCUGAUGUCAGUGCCGCUGCCGGAGAGGCGUACGAAUCUGCAACCGGAACUGUUGUUGAAGGCACUCCUGUGACGGUUGAAUCCCUGCUCUCUGAGGCAGAGGAGACUGUUUCGGACUUCACGGAAGAUGUGAUAGAGUCGGCAAGUUCUGGGACAUCGUCAUUCGAGUCCAUUGCUUCAUCAUCAACAAAUGAACUCCCUUCAGUAAGCGCGGCUAUAGAUUCAGCAACCACCAGAGUAUCGAAAGUCUUUGGAGGUGCAAUGGCUUCAGAGGUGAAGGGCUCGAUACCUAUUCUGGAUGACGUUUUUGACAAUAGCGAGGAGUCGACUUUCUCCGAGAACAUUCAAAGCGUGAUCAAUGACGCCGGUGAUCGCUAUGCAGAGGUUAGCCGCGCAGUAUCUGAAGCCAUGUUCGGAACAUCUCAAGGCAAGGUGGAGAGUAUCACAUCUGUCGCGAGUGAGCAGUAUUCCAGCGCUCUAGCAGCGGCCUCCAACGCCUUGUACGGCACGCCUACUGGCACAGCUGAAAGCCUUGCAAGCGCCGCAUCUGAACAAUAUGAGCAAGCCGUGGCGGCAGCGAGUUCAAUCAUCUUCGGAACGCCAACCCCUGUCACCGAGUCGUUGUUUCUGCAAGCCAGCUCCCUCUACAACGAGGCCGUCAGCAGAGCCGAGGAUAACUACAACGCCGCAAAAUCGAUCGCUUCUCAGCAGAUCUCUGGAACCCCGAAACCUGUUCAUGAGCAAAUGUUUUCCUCAAUCGAGUCAGCUUAUUCGGGUGCCGUGGCUGCUGCAAGCGGUAGACUUGAAUCAGCCCGCAAGUCAGCAUCCAGUGCACUUCCGGAGACCAACCCUCUUGAGUCUGUCUCGUCUAUGGCAUCGUCAAUUUUGCAAGACUCUUUGGCUGCAGCUUCGGCUCAAUACUCGAAGGCUAAGGUUGCUGUCGGAGCUACGCCUACCCCUGCCCAUGCGAGAUAUCUCCAAGAGGCGAGAAAGAACUACUAUGCUGCCGUUGGGCUAGCGCACGAGCAGUAUGAUGACUUUAUUGCGGCAGCUUCGAGUGCGAUCUACGGGACACCAACACCUGUACUGAGCAGCGUGUCCAGCGUGGUAUCUGUUGGGAUCUAUGGGACACCGGUGCCUGCGUACCAGAGCCUCCUUGACGCAGCCGCAUCCCAAUACUCGGAAGCCUCUUCAGCAGCUGCUUCGAGUCUGGACGCAUUCAAAUCAUCCUCGGGCACAACGGUACAGAGCCUAUGGGAUGAAGCCGUAGCAGCUUACUCAAGUGCCGUUGGUGCCGCCUCGUCCUCGCUGUCAUCUGCUUCAUAUGCUGCCAGCACUGCCGUUUAUGGCACUCCUGCCCCGUUCUACCAGGCUGCUUUGGAGACCGCAUCGUCGCAGUAUGUCGUUGCUACCGCCGCCGCCUCUUCCCAAUUGUCACAAAUGCUCGAAUCAGCCUCCUCUGUCCUUGGUGAAGAGGAGACUUCUCCGGCACAGAGCGUCCUUGACUCUAUUUCGUCACAAUAUGACGCCGCCAUUUCUGCCGCCUCGUCCUCUCUCUCCGCAGCAAGCUAUGCGGCGAGCACAGCCAUUUACGGCACUCCUGUCCCUUACUAUCAGAGUGCUUUGCAUGCGGCAUCGUCACAAUAUGCAGUGGCUUCCUCGGCGGCUGCUUCUCAGAUGUCCGCAUUGUUGGACUCGGCAUCAUCGGCAAUGGGCAAAAAGGAGACGGCCCCAGCACAGAGUGUACUCGAUUCUAUCUCUUCACAGUAUGAUGCUGCGAUCGCUGCCGCUUCUUCAUCUCUCUCUGCAGCAAGCUACGCGGCCAGCACAGCCGUAUACGGUGCUCCAACUGGCUCCGUUGAAUCGAUUUCCAGCGUGGCAUCUGAAAACUGGCAAGCCCUGGUCGCGAAGGCGAGCGAACAGAUUUACGGAACUCCCAAGCCCUUCUAUGAAAAUUUCGCAACCCAAGCUGGAGAAUAUUCUGCCCAGGUCACGGACUUUGCGAACGAUCAGUACGUCGUCAUCCAAUCGUACGUCUCGGAGUUGAUAGUGGGCAAAGAACCUGAUUUCACUGAGUCGGUCAUGAGUCGCCUCAGCUCCGCCUACUACACAGGGUACAGUUCGGCGUCUAGUUUGGCAGGCGAGGCGUACAGCUCAGUCUCAUCCAUGGCAUCCUCUGUUUCCUCCGUCGCCUCUUCCUACUUCACCCCUCCUCCAGAAGUCUCGUCUAUUUUGGAUUCAGUAACAGAACAACUGAACGCCGCAGUCGAUGCAGCAAGUGCACAGGUGUAUGGCACACCAAAAGGAAGACUCGAACAAGCAACCUCGGUUGUGGCUGAUAGUUACUCGUCAGCCAGCGUGGCAGUCAGUGAAGCCAUCUAUGGUACUCCCGUUGGUUAUGCAGAGGCUGCGUCUUCCUCGUUUGCGGAAUUGGCAAAGAGUGCGCAGGAUGCCGUGAGCAUUGCUAUUUAUGGGACGCCUACAGGGACAGUUGAAUCAUUGACCAGUGCGGCGGCCGAUACAUACGCAUCUGCGUCGUCCAUAGUGUCGGAGAAUGCGGCAGCAGCGGUUUCCGCAGUCAGCGAUAAUGUCGAGAGUCUCACUGCCAAGGUCUCGCAGGCUAUUUAUGGUCCUGAGCAGAGUUAUAUGGAAAGUAUCAACUCACAGAUCUUUGAAGCCGUCGAGAGUGCGAAUAGCAGGAUUGCUGCUCUAGCAAGAGAAGCGGCUGAGAGCGCGACGGACGCAGCGAGUGCAGUGAGCGAAAGCGUGGAAAGCAUAGCCAGCGUGGUGAGUGAGUCGGCGAGCAGCGCGACCAAGUAUGUGAAGGACGAGUUGUGA